CUACCUUUGAUCGCGAAUAUAAACACCACCACCACCACCACCCACCCCCCCCUAAACCCCGCCAAAGAGGCGAGCCAAGAAUGUCGGACAGCAAACAAUCCCUCCUCCACAACCCUCCGGACCCGACAGACCCGCCGCCGGCCUACGAUGACACGACCACCAUCACGGGGACCAAACGCAUGUCGACGCUGCCGCGACCGCCGCCGCUGGCGCUGCCGAUCCUCAACCACCUGCGCAGCCAGCGCGUGAUCCUGGCGUCGGCGUCGCCGCGGCGGCGGCAGAUCCUGUCGCAGCUGGGGCUGCCGAAGCUGGAGAUCAUCCCGUCGAACACGGCGGAGGACUUCCCGAAGACGAUGGAGCCGUUCGAGUACGUGCUGGCGACGGCGACGGAGAAGGCGCAGGCGGUGUACCGGCAGGAGAUCCUGAACGAGGCCAAGGGGGAGCCGGGCCUGAUCCUGGCGGCGGACACGAUCAUCGCCGACACGGCGUCGGGCCGCAUCCUCGAGAAGCCCCGCUCCGAGGCCGACCACUUCGCCAUGCUGAAGGCCCUGCGCGACGUCGGCGAGCACAAGGUCUACACCGCCAUGUGCGCCAUGGCGCCCCUCGUCAGCGCCCGCGACCCCGGCUAUGCGCUGGAGACCGCCCUGGAGGAGACGGACGUCAAGUUCGACCAGGGCGUCACGGAUGAGCUGCUGUGGGCGUAUGUGCGCACCAGGGAGGGCGCGGAUAAGGCCGGCGGGUACGGGUUGCAAGGGCUGGGGUCGAUCUUGGUCGAGAAGAUCGACGGGAGCUGGGAUAAUGUGGUGGGGUUGCCGUUGCGGUCGGCGUUGCAGUUGAUGGAGAGGGUCGUGGCCAAGGCGGAUGAUGAUGAUCGCUUGUCCGGUGGGGAGGAGGAUUUGUUGGAGGAUGAGGAGGAGUAAUUUUGGUGCAGUGGAGAAAGGGCCAUCCAUCCGCUGCUUGAAUCAACCGGAUUUGGUGGUAAUUUGGGGACGAACACACAUUUCCGAGAUAUCUAUAUGACUUAUUUACUUGCCUUACAUUGACUGGGCCAUACAGUCAAUCAAAUCUUGCGCUGGGCGUCGAGAUAACAAUAGAGAGAAGAAGUACGGGUGAAGAGAAAAGGAAAAUAAUUAGAACAAUCUCAAACCAGAUCAAU